CGCUGCCCAUCCCCUCUCUUUAGUUUUUAGAUCACAUUCCCUUUCCCUCUGCCGUGUUAGUUUCCGCCUUCGUUUAUCGUUUUGCUAUUUCUUCCAGAAGUUGUUUAUCCCAAUGGCCGAACUGGCAGUCUUCUAGUCCUGGACAAUGCGGUGUACACGGUAUGUUAAGCAUGCCAUUCGCCCCCAUUCGUAAUCUGGCUGCUUCUUGUUCCGCUGAUUACCAUCCGUUUCUUCUAUUUCCUCCAGUACGUCGUCGUAAUAGUCUGCCUAAAAGCUGGUCUGCAGUAUACUGCCUGGACUGUCUUCUCUCACCUUGCAGUUUGGGGCAGUAUUGCCCUCUGGUUCCUCUUCCUUGCGGUAUAUUCACAUGUUUACCCAACGUUACCCGUGGCCUCUGACAUGGUGGGACUGGUGAGUUCUUGAUGACAAUGUUCAUAGCUUUUUGAAGGAAUUCUUGAACGAGUUGAGGUGACGCCCGUUUAUUCACACGUUGAAAGCGUUAAGUGUCUGUUUAAAAGGUCUUUCAUGGCGUAGCACAACCUUUAGACGCCCGAAAAGUCGGAUAGCCCGUGAGCUGGCUGUCUUAACGCCGCCAGUUUUGUGACGCAUAUGUGAAAUGCUUUGGAGGAAGUCCGACGUCCCCCGCUUAGUUACAAGGAAUAUCAACACUAAAUUGAUCUUAAAACGGGCCACGCCGUAGAUCCGCUGAGCCAACACAGAAGCUGAAUCGGGUUCCGACAACGUUACGGGAAUGCGAGCACAUAACAAAUGCCAACAUUCAGGGCGUGGGGGCUGGCCCAGUUGCAGACUCACGCUGCGCCAACGGGGAUUCCUGUUAUUGUUGUUGGCCAAGUGCUUUUUGUGGACCGGGGGUGUGGUGGUACGUCUGGGUGUGGCUUUUCACAUGCCAGCCACCUGCCGCCUCUCCUGCUCCCCGUCUUCUUGACCUGGCCAUGAGAGCGGAUCUAGGUGGAAGAGGAAGAGAGAGUGUGGUAGGUGAUGCGCAAGUCUACUAAACUCAUAAAAGAAAUCACGCGCAAGUCACCGUGCCUGCUGGCACUCUGCUGUGGAGCACACGGCGAACAUCGUUGAAAUCGACAGCCGAACCGUUGUGACCACUCGAAAACGAACUUGCGUACUUAAGUGACGUAAACCUAUGGCCGAAUUGAUACUUAACGGUCCGCUAAAUUUGUUGAUUUUAAACUCGAGUAUUUCCAAAAGGGUGGAAUGGACUUAUUAAAUGCUGUUGUGAGCCUGUUACGCCAGGUCAACCCGACAGUUCGACCGUCGUUUCCGACGAUAUCCAACUUGUGUCCCACAGAAAGAAAGAGCAGAGACGGUGACUUGCGCACGAUUUAGUUUAGAGUGAUAGUAGACUUGCGCAGCACCUACCGCACUCUCCCCAUCCCACACAUGGACCCGGUGUCAAGACGGAGUCAAGAAGACCAGAGGCGGGGCAGGGCGCAGGUGGAUUGCACCAUCGAUUCCACGCCGUGGCGUUUCACUCCACACUUUCUGAUCCACGCAACAAAUAACCAGGUUUUUGAUUAACAACAACAAUGGGGGGUGGCACGGCCGGAGCCGUACCUAGGCGUGCCGCCACACCUGUCUCGGAUCUCAUGGAGUGGGAGUGCCAUAGAGGCCACAUUGACAAGGAGUCAUUGCGACUGACUCUUAUACCACCAACCGGCCACCCCACACAAACACACAGCACUGGGCCGACUGCGAGGUCCAAGUUAUCCCGUCAGUUAGCAACAUUCCAAAUUACGGCUUUUAGCGCACAGUGAUAACUUCAAGCGCCGUAGAUGUUUUAUGGCGAGGAAAAUGCGCUGAGCCGUCGACAUCGCUUUCCCUUCCCAUUCCCAGGCCUCGGUCACUGUCCGAGCCUAUCAGUUGGCAGGUGCGGGGAAUGGACGCGGUGGCUGACACAUCUAGUGGCCUUGUCUGCGUGCGCCACAUACAGGACCUGGCUCCCCUAACACAAGCACCAGGAUUUCACACAACGGGGAGUUUGUCGGCUUAAAUCUCACAUGCGUGACUGGCGCAUUUCACGUUGGGAUGAAACCUCUUUAGCCUGGUUCUCAGCCCACCAGUCCGCCACUCCACACAAACACACACAACUGGGCUGAAUUUGUGGACUGAAUUGGGGCGUCAGUCGACAGCCUUCCAAGCCACGGCGCUUUGCGCACCGUGAAAGUCUCGGAUUCGAGUCGCACAUGCAGCAGAGGGGCCGCAAGGAGACGGAGCCCAGACACACACUUUCCACUUGCGUGGGAGGUGGCAGUUGGAUGCUUGUGGUGGAAGAUGAUGUUGCGUGAUGAAGGUGAAGAAAGAUGUGAUGGUGUGGCGUAGCCGGCGGUUGUCCACCGCAGGUCUUCGUGCCUGCGCAUGGGACCUAUAAGGUCCAUGCUGUGAAUGGAUGUGCGGGGGAGGUGAUGGCAGUUUAGGCGGAUGCGUCUGGUGUACUUUCGUGCUUCGGGCACUGGUUCGCCAAUGCGAUGGAUUCGCAAGUGACCGACAAGGCUGAUGUGUGAGGUGAAGGUGCGGUCACAAUGAGGACAGAUAUGGAUAGAGCCCACAUCUCUGGGGUUCUUGGUGGGGGGGGGCGGGGGUCGAUGUUUGUUGUUGUCUCAGGAUUGUGUUCGUUGGUGGUGGACGCAUGAGUCGCCGUAGCGGAAAUGGAGGGGAGGUGGUGGUGGUGGUGUCGCUGCUGGUGCUGCAGUUAGUACGAAGAUGUCCCACAAGGCUACUGGUGCGCGGAACCUCCGCCGGCAGCAUGGGCAGACCGGGACUGGUUAAACGUUGGCGUUGCGAGGUGGCCACAGCUUCAAUAUCCAUAGAGGACAGCUGAGGUGGAAAUGAUUGAGUCGCCGCGCCUGCUUUUUGUACACCAUCGAGGCCCCUGCUCCAUACAGUAGCGUCGACAAGAUGACGGCGUUUUCCAUCUUCAGUUUGAUGUUGAGGCGGAGACCGUGGCGAUUCCAGACUGUGUUUCGUAGACAUCCGAAGACUUGGCUGGCUUUGGAAAUCCGGCGGGCCACUUCAGCGUCGAUCUUGGUGGUGCGGGCGAAGUUGUCCUCGACUUCAUUUGGGCACCGUUCACGUUGAUUUGGGAUGCGAUGUAGGCAGCAUCCGGUGGUGAUUAAUGCAUGACCACUGUUUUCUCCGUACUGAUGACCAGGCCGAAGUUGUCGCAGGUGACGGCGAGGAGGUCCACCCAAUUUCGAUAGACCACCAUUCCACGACGCCAGUGAUUAAACCUAUCUUGUCAAGGUGGAAAAGCACUGUCCAAACUUGUAAAAGAACACGAAAUAACCAAACACAGCCCAAUAGUCUUUCCCAAGUUGCAAAGCUCAGCUCACACCGAUUUCCGUCUGCCAAAACUGACACUGCCAAUUGGCCAACAGAGAGAAGAUUCUUACAGGCCGCAGCCAUCCCUAAGACCUAUACCCUUCGUUGUACGGCCUAGAAAGAACAAUGAGUUUGGUGUGCAAGCAGUCAGGUUGCAUUACCUUUAUGAAUUAUUCUAGUUACUUCCAAUCUCCUCUGCAUUACACCCCGAGGGGGAAGAAUAUACCAGCUUUUUAAAUGCUUACAGAUGAUCUUUUCCUGUGGCGUGUCAUUUUCCAGCAUAACUUGUUUUAUCUGAAUAUCAUUCUUUUGAAGACGUUGGAAACUCUGGUAUCACGCUCUCGCCAGUCGCGGAUCGUUGUGAAUUUUCAUGUCCGGGAUAAAUUGUCUAAGCUUUCCUUGGCGCAUCCUGCGUCACUGACUACAAUUUGUUUUCUCUGACCGGCCUAUAGGACUCUGCUGUGCUGGGAUGCCCUACUUUUUGGCUCUGCCUUCUCCUCCUGCCACCAGCAACACUUGCCGUGGAUUUAGCCCUCAAGGCGUGA